AUGUCCGAAGAUAAUUUGCCACAUAUUUCAUAUGGGCUUGAUAGCCGUGGAAGAAUAGUGCGUAUUGAGUCCGGUAUAACUAGAGCAAACAUCAGACGUCUUCCAAGUAUAGAAGAAGCUCUUAGAAGAUUCAGUACAAACUUAAGAGUUGACAGACAAGUCAAUGAAUCUAAUGCUGGAACUUCUGAUAUCCAGGCACGAGUGGUUCCAUCAGAAGAAGAAAGUUCUCAGAAUAUAUCUGAAGAUAUAACAGACCGUGAAUUGUCCGUUGAUAUCACUGAUGGGGUAUCUUCUCCAAAUCAUACCACAUCUAGUAUGCGAUCAUUGAGCAUGGAUGAAGAUAAGCGAUAUUGUUGGGUAUGCUUUGCAACAGAUGAAGAUGAUGCAACUGCAGCAUGGGUUAAACCAUGCCACUGUAGAGGCACUACAAAAUGGGUUCAUCAAGGUUGCAUACAAAGAUGGGUUGAUGAAAAACAAAAAGGCCAUGCUGAACAUGCUGUGGCUUGCCCACAGUGUAAUACAGAAUAUAUUAUAGUUUACCCAAAUAUGGGUCCGUUAGUGGUAAUACUCGACACGAUCGACACUGUUAUUUUUCGAGUAUGUCCCUUCAUUGCCGCUGGUAUAGUUGUUGGAUCCAUAUAUUGGACGGCUGUAACUUACGGUGCAGUAACUGUUAUGCAAGUAGUGGGUCAUAAAGAUGGCCUCACUAUGAUGGAACAGGCUGAUCCUUUGGUUCUACUCGUCGGUUUGCCGACUAUUCCAAUUAUGUUAGUUCUGGGGAAAAUGCUUAGAUGGGAAGAUCAGGCCCUUAGUUUUUUGAGGCGACAUGCUUGUAAAGUUCCUAUCUUGAGGCACUUUUUACCGAGUAGUUAUUCCAGUGAAGACACAGUACAAUCAGAAGAUAUUCCGCCGAUGAACGAUCCUGUAUCCGCGACCCGCGUCCUUUGUGGUGCGCUUUUGUUGCCAACUAUCGCCAGUAUAUGCGGGAAAUUAUUCUUCGAAAGUAUAAAUUCCAACUUUCAAAGAACGUUACUUGGUGGUGCAGCGUUCUUAACAAUAAAGGGUGCAUUCAAGAUUUACCACAAGCAACAACAAUACAUGAGACAGUGUCAGCGUCGCGUGAUGGACUAUACGGAGAGUAAUGUAGCGUUGUACAAGAGGCAACAAAACUCCGAAAGCGAUCAGACAAGUUAAAAAAAUAAAACGUUAAAAAACAGAUAUCUAAAAUACCAGUUAUAUAAUGUGUGGAUAUAAUUUUUCCAACAUAUAUAUAAAGAUUCACUUUCAAGUAAAAUUUGACUAUGUUUGAGAGAUAUACAGUGGACGAAAAUAUUUGUAUAACUCCUUCUUUUUUAGACAAAUUUACAUAAAAAAGAAUCUUGUAUCGCGUAACGCAAAUUUCUAUAUUAAUAUAGUUUUUUUUAAAUAUAUAUUAAUACAUUUUUCUCAUUUUUGUGUAAUAUUAUCCAAAAAGAAAUGCAUAUUUGCAAAUAUUUUUUCAUUCACUGUAAUAACUUUCAGUGUCAUACGUGUUUUUGGUGAUAUACGGUACGAGCAUACCGUAGAAUAAUGAAAUCUGUAUAUAUUCGUAUAAAGAUUUAAAAUAUCGUAUGCAAACAUUGUCGAAAAUUAAUACAGGUCUAUAUUUUCCAAGAAGGUGAAUUCCAUAAAGGUAAAGGUGAAGAUGUUAAGUAAUGUGAGGAUAGAGUGACACCUCCUUCAAUAUAUAAUUUUAUUGGACUAAUAUAUAUAUAUACACACACGUGUGUGUGUGUGUGUGUAUAUAUAUAUACAUAUAUUAUAUGUAUAUUUUACUUUCUCCAAUCUUCCUUGUAUAAUAAACAAAAGUGGGGAAUGGUUACAUAACCUUUUUCUUUAUAUUACUAAAGUUAUCUAACUUGUAAUUAACUCGUUAAAGACUAAUAUUGCUCAUGUAAAAGAUAUAAAAUGCCACAGGAAGAAAAUUAACGCAAUGAACUGCUGUGACAAAUAUUUGUUAUCUAUAACUCUUUUUAAUAGUGAUUUUAGAGUCCAAUAUAGUAUAAAUAUAAGGCUAUUGUAUUAUUAUAGCUAAAAUUUGUAGGCUAUAUUUUGUAAUCUAAUUUCACAUGUAAAUGCUGACAUAAAGUAACCUGUAGCAGAUAUAAAAGGAGCUCGUCAAUAUAAAUAGAAUAAUUUACAAUGUUUACACUUACAUCUAUAACAAUAAAAUUCAUACCUGCCUCA